CAUGUAUGGGGGAGCGUUUGGGAACAAACAGGACAGUGUGUUUCCCAACCUGGAGGGUGCUCUGACGUCCUCGUCCUCCCCCCUGGUUUUACCUGCUGUCUCGUGGCCGGCCUCCAACGCUGUGAUUGGCCAGCUGCAGGACCAAUUGGAGACGUCCCCUCUGUACAUGGACCCUGAGACUCUGAGCCAACUGAGACUGAACGCGUCCUCCCCGACUCUGCUGGUGUUCAGACUGCCCUACGGCACUGGGGCUGAUCUGAUGUCAGCUAAAGAGAUUCUGAGUGGAAACGAUGAGGUGAUUGGUCAGGUGCUGAGCAUCAUGAAGACUCAAUCUGUUCCUUAUACAGCGAUUUAUACGUCACUGAGACCCUCCCAGGUUAGUGUGUGUGUGUGUGUAUGGAGGGGGCUUUGGGGGGGGGGUCGUUCCCUCCUGCAGGUGAGAGGAGGAUACAAAGAGCGGGAGAGAGAGAGAGAGCGGCAGCGUCGCAUCAAAGAGAAAUCCUCCGUUUAUGCUCCGGUGGAGUUUAAGGAAGCAGAGGAGAGCUGCAUCCUCCUCUGGGCUAAAGGUCUGUCAGUCAGCAUCCUGCGGAGCGGCCGCUGGGAGGAACACGACCUGACCCCGUCCACCUUUGGAGAGGGAGUCAGCCCCAAACUGCACGGGUCCAGCUGUGAUAAGACCAGAGCAAAUUUGGUUCUUAAUUAUGAAAACGUCCUCGGACAUCGCAGCUUCAAACUGAUCUUCUCCAUGAGUCAGCGCCUCUACAAGGUUUCCUCCAGGAACUGGUUCACUCUGGAUUCGGUGGAUCUUGAGUACGAUGGGAUCAAAGCUUCGUUUAACGGCAGCAGGAACAUUUACGCUCCGGCUGAGUUUUCCUAUCGUUGUGAAUCCGUCACGAACUUCCGCUGGCCGCUGCUCGUCCCUCGCUCCUCCAAAGAUCCGGCCAAUCAGUGGAGAGUGUCCUUCGAAGACUUCCAGAUCCAGGGCUUCCUGGUGAGGGGGGGUCAGUUCUCAUAUGGCAGCGAUUGCUCCGGCUUCUUCUCUCCGGGCAUCUUGAUGGGUCUGAUGACGUCUCUCCUCAUGGUCCUAGUGCUCACCUACGGCCUGCACAUGAUCCUGCAGCUACGCACCAUGGACCGCUUCGAUGACCCCAAAGGGCCCCCAAUCUCAGUCCCCCUUACAGACUGACCCCCCAUCUCAGACUG